ACACUGCAAACCAAUGAUAUACAAUCAUUCCUAAGGGAACGAAGGGGAGCGCGCUUCGCCAAGAUGCAGCCUUGGCUGUAAUGUUAACUGCGCGGUCUGACUGAUUGCAAUUCGAUACAGAUACGUAGACUGAUGAAAUAUUAUUGUAUUGGUGCAUCUGGACUGCAGAAUGCACGACUUUCGUUUCCGUGCGGUUCACAGUGGCCGCGCGAGCACACGGUAGCCAGAAGGAAAUCGUCGGCGCGCGCGCAGGCCGGCACGUCCCCGAGUGUCGUGUCCGCGAGACGCGGAGGUAACUUAAGGUUCUGUCACACUGUCACCAGUGCACUGCCAGGCAGGUGUGCGCUGCGAGCGUUAAACCUCUCCCCCCCCCUCCCCAGCGCCGUCAUGUUGUGGACAGCUAACCAAUUCAUUAGGAAACUCUCCACCAGCACCGCAUAUUACCAAAAUAAGCUGAAGCUCGCUCUGAUUGGCCAGAGCCUCUUCGGACAGGAGGUGUACACCAGCCUACGGAAGCAAGGCCACAAAGUUGUGGGCGUGUUCACAGUCCCAGAUAAAGAUGGGAAGGCGGACCCACUGGCCAUGGUGGCGGAGAAGGACGGGACGCCGGUGUUCAAGUUCCCGCGCUGGCGAGUGAAAGGGAAGCCCAUCCCAGAGGUGGUGGAGGCCUAUAUGGAAGUGGGGGCGGAGCUUAACGUCAUGCCCUUCUGUAGCCAGUUCAUCCCCAUGAGCGUCAUCGACCACCCCACCCACGGCUCCAUCAUCUACCACCCUUCCCUGCUGCCGCGCCACCGUGGGGCCUCCGCCAUCAACUGGACUCUGAUCCAUGGGGACAAGGCGGCAGGCUUCUCUAUCUUCUGGGCCGAUGAUGGGCUGGACACUGGGCCCAUCCUGCUGCAGAAAGAGUGUUCCGUGGAACCCAAUGACACCGUGGACUCACUGUACAACCGCUUCCUGUUUCCUGAGGGCAUCAAGGCCAUGGUGGAGGCCGUCCAGCUUAUUGCGGACGGGAAAGCCCAUCGUAUUCCACAGCCUGAGGAGGGGGCCAGUUACGAGGGGAUACAGAAGAAGUCCAACUCCAAGGUUAUUAUGGCUCAGCCAGCUGAGGCUAUCCAUAACUGGAUCCGCGGGCAUGACAAAGUGCCCGGAGCCUGGACUGUCAUCGGCGGACAGACUGUUACCCUGUACGGGUCAUCGAUGCUGACCGGGGCUGUGCCUGCAGGUCAGCCCCUGGAGAUCGAGGGGGCUUCUCAGCCUGGCCUCAUCACCAACAAAGGUCUGGUCCUCUACGGGUCAGAUGGGAAAACGGUUCUGGUGAAGAACCUGCAGUUUGAAGAUGGGAAGAUGAUCCCAGCUGGCAAGUACUUCUCUUCAGGGGAAAGUGCUAGCCUGGAGCUCACGGAAGAGGAGAAGAGGAUGGCAGAGGAAAUUCGGGUCAUAUGGAAAGGGAUUUUGAGCAACGUUCCAGCAAUUGAGGAUACCACAGAUUUUUUCAAAUCAGGAGCAGCAUCCAUGGACGUGGUCAGGUUAGUGGAGGAGAUCAAGCAAAAGUGUGCCGGUGUGCAGCUGCAGACCGAGGAUGUCUACAUGGCCACCACCUUCCAGGACUUCGUCCAGAUGUUCGUCAGAAGGCUACGGGGAGAGGACCAGGAGGAGGAGCUUGUCAUCAGCUAUGCAACAAAGGACGUCAACAAUAUGACGGUGAAGAUGCCUUACCAGUGUUUCAUUAACGGGCGGUUUGAGGAUGCAGAGAACGGCAAGACCUAUGACACAGUCAACCCUACCGAUGGUUCGGUCAUCUGUAAGGUGUCAUACGCAUCUGUGGCAGACGUGGACAAAGCGGUGAUGGCGGCCAAGGAAGCUUUUGAGACUGGGCCCUGGGGCAAGAUGAACCCCCGAGACAGAGGCAGACUGCUGUACAAGCUGGCAGACCUGAUGGAGGAACACCAAGAGGAGCUGGCCACCAUCGAGACCGUCGACUCGGGCGCCGUCUACACCCUGGCCUUGAAGACGCACGUGGGCAUGUCCAUCCAGACCUUCCGCUACUUCGCCGGCUGGUGCGACAAGAUCCAGGGCAUGACGAUCCCCAUUAACCAGGCAAGGCCCAACCACAACCUCACCUUCACCAAGAGAGAGCCCCUGGGUGUCUGCGCCAUCAUCAUCCCCUGGAACUACCCACUGAUGAUGCUGGCAUGGAAGAGCGCCGCCUGUCUGGCAGCCGGGAACACGCUGGUUCUGAAACCGGCUCAGGUGACCCCAUUGACGGCGCUAAAGUUUGCCGAGCUGACCGUCAAGGCCGGCAUACCCAAGGGGGUGAUCAACAUUGUUCCGGGUUCUGGGGGCCUGGUCGGACAGCGCAUGUCUGAUCACCCUGACAUCCGUAAGCUCGGAUUCACUGGCUCCACCCCCAUCGGCAAGCAGAUCAUGAAGAGCUGUGCGCUUAGUAACCUGAAGAAGGUCUCCCUGGAGCUCGGUGGAAAGUCGCCCCUCAUCAUCUUCAGCGACUGCGAUGUGGACAAGGCCGUUCGCAUGGGCAUGAGCUCCGUCUUCUUUAACAAAGGAGAGAACUGCAUUGCAGCCGGACGACUGUUUGUGGAGGAAUCCAUACAUGACGAGUAUAUCACAAGAGUGGUGGAGGAGAUCAGGAAGAUGAAAAUAGGUGACCCCCUGGACCGGUCUACGGACCAUGGACCCCAGAAUCACAAGGCUCACUUAGAGAAGCUUCUGGAAUACUGCGAGGUGGGAAAGAAGGAGGGAGCGACACUGGUGUACGGAGGAUGUCAGGUAGUCAGACCAGGGUUCUUCAUGACACCCACGGUGUUCACUGACGUGGAGGACCACAUGUUCAUCGCCAAGGAGGAGUCCUUUGGGCCUGUUAUGGUCGUAUCCAAGUUUAAAGAUGGCGAUGUAGACGGCGUGCUCAGCCGGGCUAAUGAUACAGAAUUUGGCCUGGCAUCCGGCGUCUUCACGAGGGACAUCAACAAGGCCAUGUAUGUUAGUGAGAGGCUAGAGGCUGGCACGGUCUUCAUCAACACCUACAACAAGACGGAUGUGGCCUCUCCAUUCGGGGGCUUCAAGCAGUCCGGGUUUGGCAAGGACUUGGGAGAGGAAGCCCUUCACGAAUACCUCAGGACCAAAACAGUGACAGUGGAGUACUGAAAGAGACUCCCAUGGGAACCUCUGGAACAGAGUGGAAUCCAUCACCUCGUUUUUUGAGCCAUCAGUCUCCACCAGGCAUCCAGCUGCAGCGAUCUGCCCACCAUUUCUGGGAUCCUUGGGGUAGGCGGGUGGGUGGAGACUAGUGAAGAGACUGGUGAAGAGACUGGUGAUUUCUCAUCAUUCACUGCCGAAAGUAUUGUGCCUAAAGUUUUUAAACCUUCCGUUUAAACCAUUUUAAAAGAGGUUUUAUUUGCCUUCCACAGCAGCCCCCCCCGCCCUGUGCCCGUCAAACAGCUAAUGAAGCAGUACAGUGUUAUGGGGGGGGGCUUUGAUUUUUAGUUAGCUGUGUUCAAUAUAUUUAAAGGGAAAGUAAACACAAGUUACCAGUUCUAUGGGAUAGUUUCAGUAUCGUCACAGAAAACACCAACAAUACUAAUGAAAACCAUUAAUACUAACUUACCGUACAAGUAUAUACAAUAAUUUAUAAUUAUAGACAAAUGCAGAAUUCUUUCACACAUUUCCAGUGUAGCAUUAGGUAGCUUAGAACCAUGAGUAUUUGUAUUGUCGACUCAGAGCCACUCCCAGAUUGCUGAGGCGAGUCGUGUGACAGCAAAGAUGAGCUCAGCUAGAAGGACUAGUAAGCAGGACUGAAAAGCAUUGGAAAAACUCACAUGGCGAUACUUGAAUUUUUUUGUGAUAUUGCAAUAUUUAUAAAACAAAAAAGGUCUUGAAAGUUUACUCAAACAUUGACCUGAAGUCCAUCAGAUGAGUUGGGGGUGCUGCUGCAAGUUGUGGCAACACCAAGCAGUGCAGACAGAACAUUUUCUUUUACUCAUGGAAUCCAAAAUAUUUCCACGCAGUGGGAGAUGAAUGUCUUUUGGUGACCAGCUCUUGUUUGCUUUUCUCCACCUCACUCAUUUUUGUUAAUUUCUCAUUAACACCCCACACUGCCUAUGAAAUCACUCAAACGGCAGAUAUAAGAAUUGGCUCGGAGUGCGCAUGCAGAGUUCACACACCGCAGCGGCAGCAGUAAACCAUAGACCGAUCUUCUUAAACAUACACUAGGUGAUUUGAAAAAGGAACCAUUAUUAAAGUUAGAAAGCUUGCCAAGUUCUGUUCAUAUGACAGCAAAAAAAAUGCAUUAGUGUACCUUAUUGUCUUAACCCAGCUGACUGUCGCGGCCCUUAAGCUGUGACAUCUGCAUAUGCGUGACACGCAGUGUUGAUGUGAUCGUCGCACAUCAUGUUAGCCUAUGAGCAAGCAGGACAUACUCAAGCAGUGGACUGUUACAUUAAAUGUACAAGGGCUAUCGGGGAUGGAUGGAGUCUUUCCGUUAUCGCAUGCGAGUAUGUGAGUCACAGUAGAACACCUGCACCUUUGCUGCAGACCAACACAGUGGGGUGAAUUUAAUACACAGAAUAUACAGCACUCACACACUAAACCAUUACCUCAGCCAUUAACAAUAAGCUACCACAUAUCAAACUCCAAAGGUGAGACCUAUUGUGAUGCAGGACUUAAUUCCUCUCACACAUUGAGUUGGAAAUAACGGUUAUUUUCAUAUUCUUUGUGGAAGGGCUGCUUACAGAUGUCACACGGGGGUUAUGCACACCUACUUUUUCCCAACAAUAAAAUGUUGCCAGUGGAAAUGUG